CGGGAGCCGGUCGGUGCUUCGAGGCUGGGGAUUCGGUGCUCAGAUCGCCAUUAGAGAGCCGAGGGGAGCGGAGCGGGGAUUGGACGGGUACCGGAGCCCUCUGCGGGUCUGACAUGUCGGAUGUUACCGAAGCUCAGACUGGACUCAUGUCUGAGCAGCGGGCCUGAAGCCCGGACCGGUUCCAAUGACCUGCCAGUCCUCCGAGUCCACGGACACCAUCGAGGACAGACGAGCCGACAACACCUCUGCUGUGGACGAGAGCCGGGUGGCCCUCGCCAUGAAGGACCUCAGGAACACCGGUUGGUACUGGGGGAGUCUGACCGCAACAAGCCAAGAGAUCCUGCAGGACGCCUCGGACGGGAACUCUUCCCUGGUGCGGGACCAGCUCCCAAGCCAGGACUACCUGUCCCAAUCUCGGCUCUAUGACGUUCUGGCGGGACCACCAAACUCUGCGCGUAUCGGAGUACAAAACAUGGGCAAGUUCAAGUCUGGUGAGCUCGUGUGGGUUUGGUGAAGCCGGCGGCUGAAGCAGUUUGACAGCGUGGUCCGCCUGGUGGAGCACUACUUCCAGCUGUCCAGGACCAGCGACAAGGCGGCGGCGACGCUCUUGACUCUGUGUGCAGCAGCGCCCAACGGCACAGUGCAGCUGCCCACCAAACCGGUUUAUACCGCCACACCGUCGCUGCAGCACCUAAGUCGCAUCGCCAUCAACCGCAGGACACGGCGGGUUCAGGACCUGCCGCUGCCCAACAGACUGAAGGACUACCUGACGGACUAUGGCCUACAACGUGUAGCUGGGGGGCAGAGCCACGCCCAUGUGACCACUGACCAAUCCCAGCACGCCCUGGACAAACAGGAAGUAGCAUCCAGUCGAUCUUCGUCUCUUCUGUUACAAGUGAUGCAAAGUUACUGAAGUCGCAUGACCUCCACACACAGGUACACAUGUAACCAGAGUUCUGAAAGUCCUGAUCAUUGAUAGGGGAUCCAUUACCAGUCACUUCAGACCAAUACCGAUCCCCGUUGCUAAUCAUCGUCCAUAGCAACAGAUUCGUCUUUAACCAAAAGUUUAAAUCAAACCGAUAUUCACAUUAUUGAUAAAUCGUCUCCUCUGUAGAACUGUGAAAAAUGUUGCAGCUAUUGUCGUCGUAUUUUAUCAGAAUGAUUAUUGAUUAAUUAUCAGUCGAUCAGCUGUUGCUGAAUUUAACAGACGUUUCACAUUUGCACUGAAAUGAAAGGAGGCUGUUGAGAAGAAUGUGGAAGAUUAGCCUAGCAUUAGCCUAAAACAUUAUAUCAUUAGCGUAAACAAGAUAGCAUUAGCCUGAA